UUGGGGGGUGGGGGGAAUCUUUGGGGUUCAAUGGUGGUUGCUUCAUUUGGUGUGUAGGACAUCAACUACUGCAUGUUAUACAGCAGAUUGUGUUUGUCACUUUUAUUUUGUGUGUAUGCAUACAUAGUUUUGUCUAUUCAGUUUUUUAAAACUUGUGUUUUUAAAUGCGAUUGUUAAACCCCAGGAAUGUUUCCAGGCUGCGUCUCCUGUCUGGGUGUUUAAGUAGAUCUAGGGACAUGUUUCUGAUGAUGGUUCUGAUUGCAGGAAGUAAAGCUUAAGCAAAAACAAGCGACGAAAGAAGUUCCUAAAAUUCGUUAUGAGUACUUUGAUCCAGGAAGCCACUGGUGUCGUCUUUGCAAUGUCAUCUGUGGUCACAUGUUUGACUUUUUCAAACACCUUGAAUCCAAAAAACACCAGCAGAGAUUGGAUCCCUUUGAGCGACCUUGGUUGAUUGAGGCCCUGCAGAAGUCGGAAGGCAAAGUGAAAGAAGGACCUGUUCAAGCCCACGCUAUUAAAGGCUUGGAGUUCAUGAUGGCCACGUCUGCUUUCUACUGCUCGCUGUGCAAGGAGUUUGCAGGUGACUUGAGUGUGGCUGAGUCACAUAUGAAGAGCGAUGAACAUCAUGAGAAAUACAGGGAAUAUAUUGCACAGAAUCCAUUCUAUGAAAAGAGGUACACACUAGAACGUUCAGCCUCACUAACCCUACAAAAGUCCAGCAGUGCUGUGUCAGAUGAGGAAAGCACAGAUGGAGAAGAAGAAAAACAAACAAAGCCCAAGAAGAAGUCCUCAGUAUCACAGUACAAAGAUGAAAGUCACCAGACUGCUAGAGAUAAUCAAGAAAGGGUGAGAAAGGAAUUGUUUGAGAAACAACUUGACAAUUCAUCCAAAUCUAACGAAGCAGAAAAGCGAAAAAGUAGGGAAUCUCGUGACUCGCCUCUGAAAGAUAUUCCAAAAACUGAUGGCUGUGAAAGCCAGUCUUUGAAAGAGCCUGCCAAAACAGACAAAAAGUACAUUCUCAAGGAUGAAGAGAUACCACUACCACAAGGCAGCAAAAGUCAAGAAAACAAUUCUGAGAAAAAGGAUAUUUUAGCAGAAGAAGAAAAGAAGGAAGCAGACACAGAAUCCAAAGGCAAGAUUCCUAUCAAGCUGACUGGUAAAUCAGGUAUAAAACCCCCUGCACCCCCACCUAUUCAGUCAUGGAAGGCAAUCACUCGCCCAAUACCAAAAUCUAAGCGUUUCCAGCCAGUCAAACCCGUACCCGCAGUUGCAAGUGGAAACAGCACGCAGCCAGCACCGCUUGAUGAAUUUUUGACGCUGGGGACCAAGACAAGCCAGCCACUGCCAAUUGUGAAGGAGGCUUCUGCAGCGAUUGUUUCAAAAGUGCUGCUGUUGGCUACCCAGCCAGUAACUUCAGCUGCCACAAAAGAAGAGCAAGCAGUGGAGCCAAUGGCUGCAACUGUGCUGGGGCCACCUCCAGAACCCCUUCCUCCAGGCACUUAUCCUGUGAAUGCACCAUCAGCAUAUGUUCAGCCACCUGUCCCGAGUGGCCAAGGUUAUCCUGUUCCUUCUACAGGAGGGAUGCCUGUUUCACUGCCUCCCAUGAUGAACUUGUCCAUGCCUCCUCCAGUGCUGCAGCCUCCAUCCAUGAUGCCUUGUGGUCCACCAGUUUCUCAGCAUGGUUAUCAGGGCCCAUACCCAUACUAUGGCCCACCUAUGAUGGGGCCGGCACCUUGGCCUCCUAUGAUGGGGGGGCCCCUCCCAUGAAUGUGUGCCCACCUGCACCCCCACAGCCCCCACUGCCCCCUUACAGCUCCAUUCCACCAUUGCCACCAAUUGGUGCACCUCCUCCACCAUUGCCACCAACUAGUGCACCUCCACCACCAUUGCCACCAACGA